AUGAAUGGUUCCGAAAGAGGCGGCUUGGAUCUUAUUAGCAUUUUCGUUGUACUUGCAAUAGUUGGACGAAGAAAGAGGAUGCCUGCAAAUAUACCAGAGUGUCCAUCAAGUCUAAAAUCUAUACAACAUUACCUUAAAACUGCUACGGAACAUGACGCUAGGGACCCUGUUGUUGCCUAUUGGUGUCGCCUACACGCCCUACAAGUUGGCUUAAAGCUUACUAACAAGAAAACUCCCGAGGAAACUAAAAUGUUAAUGGGAUUAAUGGACUGGCUGGAAGAAGAGAAGAAUUUGCAAAAAGACAAUGAUGCUAUUUCUAAUGAGGUUGCCGCGCAGGCUCAUCUUGAAAACUAUGCCCUCAAGCUUUUUCUUUAUGCUGACAAACAAGAUAGAGAACAGAAUUUUGGAAAAAAUGUUGUCAAGGCAUUUUACACAGCUGGUAUGAUAUAUGAUGUUCUUACAACAUUUGGUGAAUUAACUGAUGAAGCAGCUCAGAACAGAAAGUAUGCUAAGUGGAAAGCGGCAUACAUCCAUAAUUGUCUCAAAAAUGGAGAAACACCUGUGCCAGGCCCACUAUCCACAGGGGAAGAAAGACCAGAGAAUGAGGGUACAGAAAAUGACAAUGCACCUAUAGGUUUUACACAGAAUCCAGGGAUCAAUCCACAAACUACACCUACUACAUUGCCAGUCAUACCAACAAGUUUUAGCAGUACACUGCCUGACCCAAAUGCUGCAAUGAGAGCUGCAUCUCAAUUACCACCGGUGCCUUAUACUCCUGAUCCCAAUCCUGGUGGAUUUGUACCAUAUGACCCAUCACAGCAAAGUCAGCCUUUGCAACCCACAUAUGGUGAUAGUUCUUUAAUGGUAGCACAGCUUAGCCCCGAUCAAAUAGCUAAAGCCCAGAAGUAUUGUAAGUGGGCCAGUAGUGCUCUCAAUUAUGAUGAUAUUAAGACGGCAAUAAAUAAUCUUAAGAAUGCUUUGGAGUUGUUACAAACAGGCAGAGAUCCCGCU